CGACCAUGACCAAGGACACUCGAUAUUCCCACGUCGCCUCCGCUGCAUUCAAUCACCAAUCAUCAUUCCCUCAUUUACGAAGACCCAAAUGAGCAGUGAUGCUGAAUGAACCGACCGAGAUCGUAUCCACCUAUGCUACUGCUUCGUGACCCUCUUCGUGACCCUCUUCGUGACCCUCAGCAACCCCUCCAUCCUCUCGACUUUCACAUCUCCCCACCAUGUCGGGUAAUCUUGGAGAGAUUGGCGCACUCCAUAACCCGCGAAGCGUCCAGCAGAUCACAAAGGCGGCCCAGGACUAUGAAUACGAUGCUAGUAUCCCGCUGCGGUAUUGGCUGCGGUCUGCCCAGGCCAUGUUGAAGGAGGCAGACAUAUACAUUGGCGAAGGCGACGAUGAGACCACUUAUCUCCUUCUCUUCCGACAUGCUCACCUCAUCCUCUCGCAAAUCCCCGCGCACCCUCAAUUCAAAGACAAGGCCACGCGGGCACAACUCAAGGACGCCGAGGACGCGGUCAACCGCAACCUGAAAAUAUUGGAUCUGCUCAAACCACGGAUCAACCAACGACAUGAUCAUUAUGUCAAGAUUCUCAAGGAGCGUGAGUCAAGAAGGGCUGCCAGAUCACUCUCUCGAUCCACGUCAACAUCACAACCCCUCGCGGAGCCCUUGGACUCUCGCACCCAGAGGUUGCAUGCUCACGAGAAUAAAGACCUCGCGGUCAAGAUUGCACAAAAGGAAUUCUUAAGAAGGGCCGCCACUCGACAAGCAGUACUGUCAAAUGAUGGAGAGGACCUUUCGACGAGAUUGCAGGAACUCCGCUCUCGCCUCGAGGGCCGUAGCAACGAUUCUCUUACUUCUCACAAGUAUGCAUCGUCAACUGCCACGGCCUUCAACUACCCGGCUGUUCGACCAAACCAUAUGCAAGAGCCUCCCUGGCCACUGACCAACCUUGAUCCUCCUCGGCAGGACCCCCGGAAUGAAGGCACGCUGUCUCCGCCUGCCUUACCGCCGAAGUCUGCACUGUCAGCACCCGAGACCUUGCCGCCACGACCACAGAAGAUCUCAGAGCACCUGGGUAGUAAAACUGGUGCUCCAGAGCCAGCCCAUAUUUUUGCCCCCGCUGCCUACCUCGAGAACGGAGCGCCGCUGAGAACAAUUUUCCUGCCACCAACGCUGCGGACGACUUUCUUGCGAAUUGCACAAAAGAAUACGACGGCCAACCUGGAAACAUGCGGCUUCCUGGCAGGCACCUUGAUUGCCAAUGCAUUCUUCAUCAGCCGACUCAUCAUCCCUUCGCAGACAGCAUCUUCGGAUACGUGCGAGAUGACGAACGAGUCGCAGUUAUUCGACUAUGUGGACUCUGAAGAUCUGAUGAUUUUGGGGUGGAUUCACACGCACCCCACCCAGACAUGCUUUAUGAGCAGUCGAGACUUACACACUCAUGCAGGAUAUCAAAUGAUGCUGGCUGAGAGCAUUGCGAUUGUCUGUGCGCCAAGCAAAGGCGACACAUACCAUGGAGGGGAUUGGGGUGCUUACCGGUUGACCGACCCACCAGGAAAGAAGGCCAUUCUCAACUGUGACAAACCGGGCAUUUUCCAUCCGCAUGAAGUCGACAACAUCUAUACAGAUGCCCUCAGACCGGGUCACGUGGUGGAAGCCAAGGGAAUGGAAUUCGAAGUGGUGGAUUUGAGGAAUCAAUAACAAGAACGGGGACCAUGUGGACUGAAUGUGCCAUCUCCUCACUGUGGAGCUUGACGCUGUCAGGUGGAAACUUGAAGGCCGAUUCUUCUCCCACUCAGCAAAUUGCUCCCAAAACCCCAGAUAGGCUGCCGUGAUCCAGGGUACUACAAUCGAGGGCAGAUACACGUGCGGCUUGCGAUGAUGAUGAUGAUGAUUAUUGAUGAUAGAAGAAUAGAAUAAUCAAUGAAUCACCUGGCG